CACCGUAUCGAAGCAGAAGCAAACUUGCUUAUAGAUCUAGAACAAAAAAAAAAUAGAACUUGUUAGGCCUAAAUUAAAAUUAAGUUUGUUUGACCUUUACCGACCCAGUAUUUUUACAGUGGGUAGGUAGAUACGUAGAUUGUGUGUAAAAGAAGAUAAAAAUGUCUCAACAACCACCAGCUUAUGGAGCUCCGCAGCAACCAGCCUACGGACAGCCAGCCUAUGGACAACCAACCUACGGUCAGCCACAACCAGGUUAUGGAGCCCCUCCAGGCCAGGCACCUUAUGGAGCCCCUCUAGGACAAGCACCAUAUGGAGCUCCACCAGGAAUGCCGAUGCAAGGUCAACCGGUGGCUGCUCAGUGGAUGGCUAGACCUCAGGGAAUCCCUGGCUGUCCUCCUGGUCUCGAAUACCUCUGCCAGAUUGAUCAACUUCUUGUAAAACAACAAAUGGAAUUGCUCGAAGCUUUUACUGGUUUUGAGACAUCGAACAAGUAUAAAGUACAGAACAGUAUGGGUCAGCAGGUUUACUUUGCAGCUGAAGAAUCUGAUAUGUGUAUGAGACAAUGUUGUGGUCCGCAGAGAGGUUUCACUAUCCACAUCACAGAUAAUGCUGGUCAGGAAGUGAUAAGGGUCACUCGUGAAUUCAAAUGUUGUGUUGGAUGUCCAUGGUGUGCAUGUAGUGAUUCCUGGGCUCAUGUUGUUCAGAUAGAAGCACCUGUGGGACAAAUUGUUGGAUAUGUUAAACAAAGACAGAGUUGUAUAGAACCAUAUUAUAUAAUCACGAAUGCAGAGCAUGAGGAGGUGUUUACGAUGACCGGACCAUGUUGUAUCAUACAAGGACCUUGUUGUACCUGGGACCAGGAUUUCAUUGUAAAUUCUAAAGACGGUCAGACAGAAGUAGGCAAGAUCAGCAAACAGUGGAGUGGUCUACUGAGGGAAUAUUUUACUGAUGCUGACAAUUUUGGUAUCUCAUUUCCGAUGGAUCUAGACGUCAAGAUGAAAGCUGUUAUGUUAGGAGCUGUUUUCCUCAUUGACUUCAUGUACUUUGAGCAAAAUCAGAACAACAACAACAACAAUAGAGGAUAUAUGUAGAUACUGGGGUGGCAGGAAGUUGUUCAAAGAUGUUGAGGAGAUACUCUAAAACAUUUACAUUUUAGUACACAUGGCAUAACAUGACUUCUACACAGCAUAGAUAUUUCACUCCAUAGCCAGAACAUGUUCAACACUACAAGGCAACAGGCAUUACAACAAUAUUUUACACAACAUGACAAAAUACUGAAGGACAAGAUACAACACAACACAACAAGAUAAUACCUAAUACAACAAGAUGUCGUCACAACACAACUUUAUAUUACUUUUCUACACAACAAGAUACUACACUACACAACAUGAUACUUUGGUUCACAACACGAUACUUCACAACAAGAUACUUUUCUACAUAACAAGAUUCUUCACUACACAACAAGAUGCUUCUCUACACAACAAGAUGUUUCUCUACACAAGAAGAUGGUUCACAACAAGAUGCUUUCUACACAACAAGAUGUUUCUCUAUACAACAAGAUUAUUCACUACACAACAGGAUUCUUCACUACACAACAAGAAACUUCACUACACAACCAGAUACUACACUACACUACACAACACAACAAGAUACUACACUACACAACAAGAUACUUCACUACACAACACAAAAAGAUACUACACUACACAACAAGAUACUUCACUACACAAGAAAACAUGACACAACAGAAUACAGCAACUGACAAUCUGUUAUAUUGUAACACAAAAUAAAAAUGUUCUUGUCUCUACAAACUGUUCAUUGUUCAUAUAACGAGAAAUAUUAAAAGUUCAAGAUUACAUGUAUUUUAGAAAAGAAGGAUGGAAUAAUACUAUACAGUUCUGUUUGUCAAAGCAAGGACACACCUGUGACAAAUAUGUCUGUCAUUUCUUGUGUCCAGAGCAUAACUUUAAUGAUUUAAGGUAGUGACUUCAAACUUACGUAUAUAAAUAUAUAAGUAAGCGGCAAUGAGACUAUGUACAGAGCACAUGAAGACACACACCCUAGAAAAAUUUCUUUUGAUUUUGCUUCCUCUUUUGAUCUAGAAAUUUGAGCUUAUAUUGUCCUGCUUUGCAGAGCUCUUGUUAUUGUUCUGUAUUAAGAAAUUACUUUUAAAUGUAAACUAAUUUAUUCUAUUGUUACAAACCCCAAUUGUAUAGAGGAACCUAGAGAGAAAUCCAGUGUAAGAUUUAGUGCCAAAUGUUGUGCGAACAAAGUAAUUUGUAUAUUUUAAUUGUUAAACCUGACAAGGAAUUUUAACUGAAAGUUUAUUGUUUAGUAAUGAGAAAAUUGAACAAGAAUCAAAGGUUUGUAGCUGUUUUGUCACUGAUCUCGAAUGUUAUAAAACAUUUCAACAUGACACUUAAACUUGUAUUGUUUAAGUUGAAGGUUAACAUGACACCAUAACCUACAUCAUCUAUUCAACAUAUAAACUUAUGUGUAUGUGGCACUUGAACUUGAUAUGAAAAUAAUCUUAUAUUUUUAUUGAAAGACUUGAAGUCCUUCUUUGCCAUCACAUUCAAAUUUAUUUAUUCAUGUUCUAAAAUAGGUUCACAUUGGCAAGAAAUGUUUGUGCAACAUGGACAAUACAUGUAGUUUAUUAAAUGAUUUCAAUGAGUUUAGACAAAGGAGCACAUCAAAUUUCAUCAUUAGAUUGUGUAUAUAUAUAUUUAAGCUGGCCUAGAAAUGCAUGUACAUGCAGAAAAUGGCAGCUUAUUUUAACCACCAUAUUGGCCUUGUAUGUUUCUAUUUAUGUUGUGAUAUUUUAUAUAUGUUCAUUUUACUGUUCAUUUUUUACCUACACUCAUUUUAUUUUGUCUCCACUAGACAGUAUGCUACUGUAGUUAUAGAUAACCUAGAUGUUGUACAUGUAAUCUUUAUAUAUAUUCUGUACAAUUGUGCCACCAGCAUUAUAUUUUUAAGCAUUAUGUUUUCAUUCCAUAUGUGUUUCUUUCCAUUAUGCUAUAUUUAGUGCUGCAUUCCAAAUUCCAAUGAAAUCUGUGACCCCAGUAUGGGAAACAUGCCAGAGGUCACAAAGCUCAUUUGGUUCAAAUGGUUCACAUACUUCACCAUGUCAUGUGAGAUUGAUAAGUUGCAUUUUUGCAGAUGUUGCCUAUUGAAAUAAUAUGUUUAUGACACGACAAUAAAAAGUUUGCUGUUUUGACAGCAGACAUUAAUUAACAUUCCAUUUUUCGGAAGUUAACAACUUCAAACCUAUGUAACAUUUGGGUCAUGUAGAACAAUAUGACAGAAAUGGAAAAGAAAACUGUAGUUAUAUAACUGGCCUCUGUGCAUUUCAUAGGCAAAUAGUACUAAGAAAACAUGUAUUUGUUUCAUAAAUGUUUUCUUAUUGCUUUCCAGUUCCCAUGAAAUAUACCAGAUGUCACAUUGCUCAUUUGGCUCAAAUUGCCUACAUACUUCACCAUGUCAUGUGAGAUGCUAUCUUACAUUUAGCCCAUAUUAACAGCGUGUUGUGACAUGACUGUUUACCAUUCCAUUAGUUGACUGUUUACCAUUCCAUUAGUUGACUGUUUACCAUUCCAUUAGUUGACUGUUUACCAUUCCAUUAGUUAAUAAUUUUGUUGCUUAGAGGUUAACAACUUCAUAAGUAUGUAACAUCGGGUCAGUUGAACAGUAUGAAGGAAAUAGAAAACAAAACUGUAAUUAUAUGACUGACCUCUCAACUUUACAUACAUGAAUAAUACAUAUGAAACCGGUGUUUGUUUGUUAAAUGUGUACUUAAUAUUAUUUACAAUUUUUUGCAUGUUAUAUCACCAUACAGUUAGGCUGUCUUAAAAUAUUAAUACAUUUUCAUUUAAGAACAUUGACAUUCUCAGAAAAUGUAUCACAACAUUUCAAUGAGUAUUACUUGAGUUGAUCAUUCAACAUUAGCCUUUAGAAACCUAAGUAGGGUAUUAUUUGUCUCUAUGCAUGAUAAAACUCUGUAAAAGCACAUAUUUUUGCUGGGUCAAAGUUUCGCGAAUUUGAAAUUUUGAGUAUGUUCACGAGGUUUAAUUUUCGCAAAAUUGUUAAAAUGGUAUCAUACUUGAAAUAGAGUUGUACUAAUUGUAAAUGUUUACCUGAGGAUAAAUUUGCCCGAGAUGUAGGGCCUCGCGAAUAUAGUGAAAAUUAAACCCUCGCGAAAAUUUCUGCUUUUACAAUAGAAUUACAUGCUUAAGUUCACAAAAUAGUUUUCUUCUAUAGACUUACACCGUACAUAUAUCACCAGCUUAUAGAACAAGCAUAUCAAAGAGUAUUAUGAUACCUGUUUCUGCAGGUUAUAUAUAAUAUAAUAUUAACCUGUGAAUUUUACAUAUUCUGGUCAAGUUCAGAGUCUGCAGGACAAAUAAGAUUCAAAAUUUCAAGAUUUUAUUCAUAACACUCAGUUUGUAUAUUGAUACAAAUUUAUAUAAAAAAAUCCAUUCUAACAUGGUCAUCGGUGAUGCAUGGCAUACAGUAGUCGGAGGACAACAACAUAUAUGAAAUUAUUAUUUUGGAAAAUCAAUAUUCCUAGUUAGCAACUUUACAAGGUGCUACAUAUAAAGAAAUAUGUAGACGGAGAUUUGCACUUAAAAUCAAUUCAUGCCAUUGAUAUGCAAAUUAGUCAAGUUUGAUUGACAGCACCAGAUAUAUGGGGAAUACAUUAUUAAAUAUUACUAGUAUAUACUAAGUAUAUGGGAAAAGAUUUUGUGAAUUUUAAUUUAGCACCUACAAUUAACACAGUAUUAAAACUUGUCUUCAUUCUUCAUUCUACUUAAAAUAUUUUGGCGAUAUAUGACCAUUUUGAGUCGGUUUGCUGUAAAACCCAACUCACUCACUCAUUCUACUUAAAAUAUUUUCAGAAUAUUUACUGAUCAGCAUUAAUGUUUCUAAUCUUUAAAUUGUAUAUUUUUAUUUUACUUUUUAUCAUUAUUUUGUAGAAUACUUUCAUAUAUAUUCAGAUCAGAUCUCUUAAAUAUAAUUAUAUUAGACCCAAAUUUCAAUCACAUUUUAAUAGUAAUAGACUGGACGGCAUACAGCUAUGGACAUUUUUUGUUAUUAUGCAAGAAUGCACUGUAUGUCACAAUUAUUACGCAAAAGCAUAAAACAUCAGUGUUGAAAAAAAAACAACACAAAACAGGCAAACAUUUGGUGGGAUUUGUGAAGGAUGUACUUAUUAAUCCUUGAGAAUGUGCUAGAAUUGAAAUAGUAUAUCUCAAACAGUGAUUUGCUUUGCAUAAAAUAAUUGUUGUUUGGAUGUGUACUACUAUUAUGCAUUUAUAUUUUGAAGUUGAUCAAAGUUCAUUUUCAAGCCAUUGAAAUGUGAUUUUUGUCAAAGAUCUAGUUUGUUUAUAAGUAAAUAAAAUCAGAAUAUGAAAAAAGAAAGAAGUGUAGAAUCGAUUUAAGGAUAGAUUUAAUACACAGACUUAGAACUUUCUUAUCUAUAUUUGUUCAUGUGGGUGUUGUAGGCCAAAAGAUCAGGGAAUGUAACAGAUAUAUUUUUAGUUUUCAACAUGGUUAUGGUUUUUUGUAUACUUGUAAAUAAAUGGGGGCUUCAAUGGAAAUUUAACCCUUAUCAUGCUGGACACGAUUGAUUCUGCCUGUGUAACCACUGUAGAUCAUGAUCAGGCUGCACCUUUUUGGUUAGCACCCCUUUUGACAGUUAAUGGUGCUGUCCAAAUACAAAGAUGGACAAGUUCAUUAUAGAAAUUCAGCAGGGUAAGGGUUAAAUGUAUUUGGGAAAAAUAGUAGUCACAUUUGUUCUUAAAUGUCUUCAAAGAUAUUUGCCUUGUUUAAAAGUCUGCUAAAAGUUUGUAAAAACAUUCUGUUUCAUUUUAAGAAUUGUUAUAAUCUUUUUAAUUUUUUUGUCAUAUUUUGCUCUAAGGAUAAUUCUGUCAUUGUUUUGUGGAAGAAUAAAGUUAUUUAAUACUGUUAAUAA